AUGGCAAACAAACCUUCCGGUACCGACAAAGGCACUCUGGCUAGCCUUGAUGAGGCUAACCAGAACCCGCCAACGGGCUCGGUUGCCAUGAAACGUUUCCAAGCAGAGGGUAUUGAUGAAAGCCCAUGGAACCCACUGCGGGUUGUCAUGGCAUCGGAGUCGUCCAAGGCCGACGAGGCGAACAAAUCAACUAAGACGGCGACUGAUGGUUCAACUGCGGCCACCCAAGGGUCGGCUCCUAAGUCUUGA